AUGGAGGCGUUCAGGAAGCAGGCGAGCAAGUUCAAGGAGCAGGUCGCCAAGCAGCAGCAGGCUGUGAUAAAACAAUUCAGCACUACUGGUUACGAGCGUUCAGAUUCUGUUGUCAUUGAUGAAGUUGAAUUACAGCAACAUCAAAGGCUUGAGAAAUUGUACAGUUCUACUCGUUCUGGAAGGGAUUUUCAAAAGGACAUAGUUCGAGCAGCUGAAGGCUUGGUGUCUAUUGGAAGCAAGCAUAUUGAAGUGGGAACAAAAUUUUCUGAGGAUUGCUAUAGAUAUGGAGGUGAAAAUAAUGCUGAUGGUGAAGCUCUUACAAAAGCCGCAUCACUGUAUGGAGGUGCUUUGAGAAAUGUUGAAAAGGAGUAUGAAGAUUUCAAUAGAAGUUUAUGUUCUCAGAUCAUAGAUCCAUUGAAGGCGAUGGCUGUGUGCGCUCCCCUGGAAGAAGCUCGUGGUUUUGCACAACGUUAUAGCCGGAUGAGACAUGAAGCUGAGAUACUCUCUGCUGAAAUUGCUAGAAGGAAGGCACGGGUAAGAGAAUCUCCAGUUGCUGAGCACACUACAAAACUUGAGCAAUCUGAAGGUAAGAUGAUAGAGCACAAAGCAAGCAUGGCUGUGUUGGGAAAAGAGGCUGUUGCUGCACUUGGUGCUGUUGAAUCUCAGCAAAAGAGGGUAACUCUUCAGCGCCUGGUUGGCAUGGUAGAAGCAGAGAAGUUGUUCUAUUUGAGGUUAGCUGCCAUACUUGAUGAUGUUGAAGCUGAGAUGUCAUCUGAGAAGCAAAAGAGAGAGUCUGCACCUCCUUCCCGUAAGCGUGCCGAGAUGGCCCAGUACUUCCUCGCUGAGGCAGUGCAUAACUUCAAUGGUACCACAGAGAAGGAGCUGAGCUUAAUUGUUGGUGAUUAUGUUGUUGUUCGUCAGAUUGCUCCCAACGGUUGGGCGGAAGGGGAAUGCAGAGCGAAGGCAGGGUGGUUUCCGGCUGCCUAUGUCGAGAGGCGCGAGAAUAUCCCCCCAAAUAAAGUCUUCCCGCAGGCAUAG